GAUUUAGACCUGCAUUAUAAUGCUUUAAAGGUUGAAAGGAGUACUGAAACGUCUGCAGAUACAUGUGUACUUGUAGAGCGCAUUAAGGACUACGCGUACGCAUCUGGAAACGAAUCACAUACCAAUGAAAACUGGUUAGCUGUAACUGGCUGCUGUUAACUAAAAAGGAAAUGCUGUGCUUGCGCGAGCCGGGGGACUGCCUGCGGGAGCAGAUGCAGUGCGUGAUGAAGACCCUGCAGGACCUGAAGCAGAUGAGAGGAGGGUGCCAGGCCUCCAGCCGGCCCACGCCGGCCGCCACCAGGGGCUGCCAGAAGAGGGUGCUCCAGAGGGAGCGGCUGGCCCGCUUGCGCAUCUCCGAGGGGUUGGAAUCCAGCACCUACGACUCCGCCUGCUGCCUGGCCAGCUCGGUUGAGGAGGACUCCGGCAGCCGACUGGCGGUAGGGUCUCCCAGCAGCGAGAAGAGCCUGGAGUUUGACUCUGGCUACUCCGAGGCCUCCUGGCAGGAUGAGGUGGUGGUUCUCCGGAGGAGCAGGAAUGUCAGAGUGUCGUCAGCGGCGUGCGUCCGUACCAACCGGGCUCCGAGUGGACGCGUGAGGCCCAAAUCCACUUCCGACGCUUGCCUUGAGCGCUGGACUUCAUUUGAGGCCAGCGACCCAGAGGACUGGACCACCUCCCUGUUGACGAGGGGACGCAAUCGGCAACCCUUGGUCCUGGGAGACAACAGCUUUGCUGACUUGAUUGAGAACUGGAUGGACCUACCGGAGUGCCCAGAUCCGGCAGAACUGAAGCCAAACCCAGGGCGACGUUUGGCCAAAGACUUCUUGCUCAACAUGCGGCGCAAACUGACUGGAAUGUCAAAAGGCACAGAUGGACGGGGCAAAUCUGUGGAUGGCACACGGGCCAACAGGACUGGAGCACCAAAGCGUCUAUCUUGUCCUGUAGGUUUCCAAGCCAGAGUGCCCUACUUUCACCAGUCACACACAGGUCUUCAUGAACUGGGAACAGACUUCUACCAGUUCACUGCAUUAAUGAAAACUGGCAGCCGACAGCCUAUCAUCUGCAAUGACAUUAUUGGGUAUAUCUAACAGACUCAGGAGCUUGGGAUUCACCACUUGCUUAGCACAUGUUUUCUACAACAUUUUUUAUGCCUCUUUUGUUAUGUCUCACUUGUGCCCAUAAUAAAGCCCAACAUUUUUUUAA